AUGCUUGCAGAGGGCAGAGAAACGCCGGUCGCCACAGUGGUUGAUACAAACAGUGGACAUGGAGAUGAGCCAUGCCCGCGCAGCUCAGUCAAUUUUAUUGACCACAGUCGGCGACACCGUACUGCCUUUACCCGGGAACAACUGUCCCGCCUGGAGCAAGAGUACCUCAAGGAGAGCUACGUUUCUCGACCGAGGAGAUGCGAACUGGCGACAGCACUGAACCUCCCCGAGACCACAAUCAAGGUAUGGUUCCAAAACAGGCGUAUGAAGGACAAGAGGCAGCGUCAUUCUCUCAGCUGGCCACACCCCCUGGACCCCAACCUGUGUGCCCUAAUGGUGAGCCAGGCUGCAGCAGGCUUACCUUACUCCUUUCUCUCUCCCCUCCCCCUGCACCUCUACUCUCACCACGGAGUGGGGGCAGGUGCCCCCUCUGUUCCCAGCCCCUUCGCUGCCCCUCUCAGGCCACUGGAUCCCCUGCGCCUCUCUCACUCCCCCUACCCCAGGCCGGGUGGUAUACCCCCAACGGCCCUCUACCCCCAUUCCAAUGUGAUGCACCAUCCCGCCACUUGCCCCUGCCCCCUCUGCCUCCACUGGGGAUCAGACCAACUGUUCAAAGCCAGAGGGCUGAGCGCUAUCGGCCUGAAUCGACCAUGCAGUCCCAAAACUAUGGCUGCCAGUCUGGACAGGAGGGAAGAGGUGCCUUUGCCCAGAUGAAGUUUGCUGCAGUAGCUUCCAGGAAAUGAUGAUAUGAAGUCAAUGGUGGUGACAGUACAUUGAGCACAAUCACACCUCACGAUCAGAUAAAUUGCCCUCCCUGGAGGAGUGCAAUUUGCUCUAGCUUUCCAUGUUGUUAGAGCUCUAGAUUUACAUGUGUCUGUCUGUAAUAACACAGCUGGGGAUGUUAAUACUGUUUUAUUUAUUUGUGUGAAAUGCAACGUUCUUUCCAGAUCAAUGAUCUUGAAACAUUCCGGCCUUCACACAUACGGUAGCUAAUACUGGGGAUGACCUUGAGGCAAUAAGAAACGUUCCUUUUGUUGUAAUUGCGUGUUAUUAUGUGCAAGAACGAGAAGUUUCAUUCUAACUGGUGAUUCACUAAAAUGCAGAGGAGUUCCAUUAGUAGAAUGUCCAAUUAGAUAUUGAAGGUAAAACAAUAUAUUUAAAAAACCUAGACAUUUUCCAGUCCAUAGAAAUUCACAUAUUUCACUGUUUGCUCUGAUAAUCAAGUAUGAAUCUCAACACAUGAGAAAUGGCUUUGCAGAAACUACUGUUGCUCAUGUGUUUGUCUGAUGUUUGCACUAUUCUAUUAUCUUGUCUAGAAUUGAAGAGAAUUGCAUACAGUGCCAGAAUAU